GCCAGCUCCGUCCAGUCUGGACGAGGAGCGCUUGCGCAGACAGUCUGCGCCGGAUCCCUCCGACAGAGAGCUCCUCCGCCCGGGCAGCUCCCCGACGCCGACACCGCCUGCCGCCCGCUCGGAACCGCCGCUCGCCGGAAGCACCGCGCCCGCCGUCGACCAUGGUGAUCAAAGUCUACAUAGCAUCGUCCUCCGGCUCCACCUCGAUUAAGAAGCAGCAGCAGGAUGUGAUGGGCUUCCUGGCGGCCAAUAAGAUCGAGUUCGAGGAGUGUGACAUCGCAGCCAAUGAGGAAAACAGGAAGUGGAUGAGAGAGAACGUGCCGGAGGAGUCCAGGCCGGCCACGGGGAACCCUCUGCCGCCGCAGAUCUUCAACGAGAAACUACGAGGCCUUCUUCGAUGCCAGAGAGGACAACGCUGUGUACGCGUUUUUAGGUCUGACGGCUCCUCCGGGCUCCAAGGAGGCCGAGGCGCUCGCCAAGAAAGCACAGCAGUAGCUCCCACGCGACCCCUGACCCGACCCCUGACCUGGCUGGACCACGCCCAGCACCAAUCACAUCCGACUCACUUUAUUAACGUGCAUUUGUUUUUGUUGGAUCCAGAUGAAUCAUCUGCUCAGCUGUGCCUUGUCAGCUGCAGUCCAGGGAGCCGCCUCCCUCUAAACUGGGUCUGCUGUCGCCCGGACACUUCGAUGUAGCUGCGACGGAAGUGGUCCACUCGAGCUCAUGAACGUCUGCCGCCACCGAAGUCACCCGUCUGUGUGUUCCUGCCAAACCUGUCGCCAAAAUCGCUGCACUUUUUUUGUAGUUCAACUGAACAACCCCGUUCUCUGUGUUGUUUCUUUUAUAUUGUACUGAUGCUGUUUUAAUAGCAAACCUUUUCUACUAUGAUGUACAGUAUGUUCAAACACUCAUACUGUGAUUUUUAUUUUUUGUUUUUUUUUUUUGCUGUAAGCAAUCUGUUUUUGACUUGUUGGUAAUCCCAGUCUUAAAUCCCCUGAAUAAUCCCGACAAUAAACUCAAGUUCCAACUUUAAA